CAAAAUGUUCGGACAAAAAUAUACAUCUUUCGUGGAAUCGUAACUGUAAGGCCACCCCCGUUACACCCAUCAGAUUAGGUACAUUUAAAUACACUAAGCUCCUAUCAGGAGUUGCGAAGCGUCAGCGGAAUUAUCGUCGUUAUCUUCUCGAUAUCACUUAUUGGCUUGAUUACUCACUUUAUAUUGUUUUUUAUAUUUCAAACAAAGACACGUAUUUGUGAAUACGUUACAAAUUAUAUGCAAAUAAUUCAUUACGUAUAUAUAAAAUGGAUGAAACAGUAACGGAUGGGAGUCCCUAUAUUGAAGCAAAUAUUCAUUCUGAAACUUUCAUCCCCACAGAAGAAUCUCGAAUAAUUACCGAUGAAGAUAUUAUGUACUAUGAUAUGUCGGGCGACAAAUAUCUUGUGAUUUUUAAUCACUUCGAGUAUGAAAAGACGCGCUAUUUUAAUUACAAAAAACCAUCAGAUAGAAAUGGAACAGAAAAAGAUGUCGAAAGGCUAAAAAAAGUUUUUGGAAAUUUGGGAUUCAAAAUUACAACUCACGAUGACUUCAGUCACGGUGAAAUUUUCGACGCUGUAGUAGAGUUUAGCAAACUAAAUCAUAAAGCGACGUCCUGUGUGUGUUUCGCUUUUUUGACGCACGGUGACAAAUGUGGUGAUUUGUACGCGAGGGACAGGACCUAUCAGUUCCGAGAUGUUACUAUGAUGAUAGAGAGCGGCGACGCUGGACUCGUGGGCAAACCGAAAUUGUUCUUCGUUCAGGCAUGUCGUGGUCGGUUGGUGGACGAUGGUAGAAGACUUGAGAUGGACGGCAGCGAGGCCACGUUUGUAAUUCCGACACACGCGGACUUCCUCGUCUUAUAUUCUACUGUUGAAGAUUAUGUCUCGUUCAGAGAUAGAGACGGUUCAUUCAUGAUACAGGAGCUUUGUAACGUUAUAGAAGAGUAUCAAAAAUCUUGGGAUCUCUUGCACAUGAUAACUCUGCUACACCGAAGGGUCGCGUAUAACAAAAUAACGUUCGCACCAUCCCACCUAGCGAUCCACGACAAGAAACAAAUGCCCGAAACACGUUACUCGCUUACAAAGCUACUCAAGUUCUAGAUAAUUCAAUAUUAAAUAAAAUAUUUAUAUAUCAUUGUUCUCAUUUCAUAACACAUCCAUUGAUUGCUCAUUACCGAUUUACUUAAAGAUAUGUCCUCAUACCUGUCAUAUGUAACCAUAGAUUAUGAAAAAAAAAAUAGGAAAUAUUAUUAUCUAGAAAGAAAUAGUGUUGCACAUUAGAAAAUAUAAAUACAUAUUUUUUGUAUCAUAAACAUAAUUUUUAAUAUUAAACAUGAACAAAACAUAUUUUUUAUUUUUACUAAAAUUAUAAUAACGUAUAUGAAAAACGAAAGGUUAUCCAACACCACCUAAUUUGCUUAAUUAAAUUUAUAUAUAAAUUAAAUUUUAUACAUAGAAUUACUAAUUGUAAAGUAUUGUAAUUGUUAAAAAUUUAAUCUUACGUAUUUAAUAUACGGUGGUGACAUCUUUACGAUGUUCAUAUACUGCAUAAUUAGAAAAGAGAAGAUAGAAAGGAUGAUUAAAACAAAUUUCAUAUGAAAACCUAACAGAUGGCACCACUGUCCUUAUACAAUGGUUAUACAUACAGGACGCUUAAUUGGAGUGAGGUCACGAUAGCUGAUAAAGCUAUUAAAGUACAGAAAUUAUAACGUGACAAAAAGAAGAUAUCUGGUUCGAGUCUUUUUAAUUGAAGAAACAUUUCAACAUUAUUAUUAUUGUAUCGUAAUAUAAAAACAACAGUGUGUAUGGAAUAAUGUCAUUAACUAUAACCGGUACAGAGAUGAUUAUAAAUAACAUAUAAGA